AUGUCUUCAAAUCUGCGCCAGCGUUCAGUUGUAUCUUCAUAUAUUUGUACUCAUCCUCUGUCGUCCGAGGGUUUCAAAUUUGCGCUCUUUAAGCGCAGCCAGGAUGUUUCAACCUACCGGGGCAAGUGGGCGGUCUGCUCCGGCUCCAUCGAUCCGAAGGAUAAGAGUCCCGAAAGCGCCGCAAAACGUGAAAUUUUAGAAGAGACCACAUUAUCUGAUGAAGAUAUCUCACUUCUGCGCCGUGGCAAGCCGUUUCGUCUCACCGACGAAGGGCUCAAGACAGAAUGGACAAUCCAUCCAUUUGCAUGGGAGCUAAAAACAGGAGCCAAGUCCAUUAAAUUCGAUUGGGAGCAUACCGAAUACCGCUUCAUCAAGCCAGAGGACUUGGAAAGUUAUGAUCAUGUACCUCAAUUGGAGCUUGGUCUUGGGAGGGUGACGGUGAGCACAGAGACGGAGAGGGCAUUGGCUGUUUUGAAGGACGACCACGAAAGUGGAGCUCAAGGACUUGCCCUGAAGGCAUUGGAUCUGUUACUUGAGAUGGUGAAAGGAGAUGAGCUUUCGCAACUCAAAAGGUCGGAUGAGUUCUGGAGGGAGGUGAGGUGGCGGGCGUGGCACUUGGCAAAAAACGGAAGGCCGAGCAUGGGUGCUUCUAUCGAGGCUGCGCUCUUCAAAGCAUUAGAUGCGAGCGCAAAGGAGCUUUCCGUCAAUGGGGCUGAAGGUGCUGACAAGGUGCCGCUAUCAAAGCUCAAGAGCACCGUGGAAUCAGCUAUCGAGUCAAGGAUUACCACCAUGCAGCAUCGUCUCGAUUCACUCGCCCAAAAGUUUGUGCAAUUUGUGGAGCAGGAUUUAAAAGCGGAGGAAGGCGGAAAUUCAAAGCCAUCGAUAAAUAUCGUGACCCUCUCAGCCUCGGGAACAAUCACACGCUCUCUAUCAAGCUUGAUUCGGAAUUCUGCUAAAAACGGGGUCGAUAUCAAACUCUUGGUCUUGGAAUCGCGCCCAAAAUUCGAAGGUGUGGCACUCAUCAACACCUUGCUGUCAUCAUUUAAUCAAGAUUCCGAGAUCCAACCCUUCCUGAAAGUCGAAAUUUUCUCGGAUGCAAGCAUCGCAUCAGUUAUUCAGGACGCACAAUACCUCAUAUUUGGCGGCGAUAAAGUCCUUCCAAACGGGUCUGUUUCCAAUAAAAUCGGCAGCCUGGCUGCGGCAGCUCUAGCCAAAUCUUUAAAUCCAGAAUGCAAAGUAGUAGCAGUCUAUGAGACGGACAAGAUCGUCGGCUCGAGUUUUGAGGCUGACCACCACAAGGUUGAAUUUAAUGAUGAGGAAGAGGUGAUUGGAAGUUGGCCAAGGAGUGGUGCUGCAGGAAUCAAGAACAAGCGCAAAGAGGGCUGGGUGGUGGAGAUUAAAAAUGCAUAUUUUGAAUGGGUGCCGGAGAAAUUAAUCGAUGUUCAUAUUUCGGAACAAGGGCUUCUGAACAAAGAGGAUAUCUUGAAGUUGGGAAAUCAGACUGGAGAACUCGAGGAGCGACUCUUUGAGGAUUUAUAA